CCCAUCUUCUGUAUUUGAUAGGUGCAGCAAACAGGCGACAACCCUCCAACAUGCUGUAACUUCCCGGUGGCUGUAUCCAGGGAUAGCAUGUUUGUGUUCUCAGGGCAGAGUGGAGCCAAGAUCACCAACGACCUCUAUCAGUACGAUUUCAAAGAGAGAAGAUGGAGGAAGAUAUCGUCGGAUCACAUCUUGAAGGGAACCCCGCCCCCUCCUCAGCGUCGCUAUGGUCACGUGAUGGUGUCACAUGACAGGCAUCUCUACGUCUUUGGUGGAGCGGCGGACAACACACUGCCAAACGAGCUACACUGCUAUGAUAUUGACGAUGGGACUUGGAGCAUCAUCAAACCUUCUCCAGAUAGUCAGUGUCCAUCAGGCAGACUAUUCCAUGCUGCCUCUGUGAUAGGGGACGCCAUGUUGAUCUUCGGAGGGACAGUGGACAACAAUAUUCGGAGCGCCGAGAUGUACCGUUUCCAGUUUGCGUCUUACCCGCAGUGCACUCUCAAAGACGAUUUUGGAAAGCUCCUCAUCAGCCGACAGUUCACCGAUGUGGAAUUCAUUGUGGGAGAGAGUGCUGUUGUCAUCCCUGCCCAUGCGGCAAUCAUAGCAGCAAGAUGUCAGCAUCUAAGACUAAAGAUAGAACAAGCGAAGGAGAGACAACUCAACGUGGACCAAACCGAUGUAGAGAACGAGAAUGAUCAAGAGAGUGAUUCCACCGCCAGUGUUCCUAGCCCUAAGAAGAAGGACCCCUGUAUACCGCAGGUCCAGGUCCCAGAUGCUAGACCAGAAGCAUUUGAGGUCCUACUGUGGUUCCUGUAUACAGACAAGGUGGACAGGAAGCUCCAAGGUUUCGAUGAUCGUAACACAGACUUCCUUCUGCUACUCAUGGAUGUCUACAGGUUAUCUGUGCAGUUCUCUCUCCGCAAGCUGGAGUACAUGUGCGUCCAUUUCCUGUGGGUGUCCAUUGGUCACUUCAAUGUUCUUCAGGUCUUACAGUAUUCAGACAGGCUGCAACUUGAUUUCAUCAAGGAAUUCUGCCUGAACUUUGUCGUGAAGGAGAGUAAUUACAACGGCAUUGUCAUGAGCAAAGAGUUUGAACAGUUAGCUCAGCCACUCAUGGUUGAAGUGGUUCGAAGAAGACAGCUGGCAGCAGGCAGGCCGUACCAACACGAGAAGAUGCCAGAAUUUGACAGAACAUCUAUGACCACUCUACAGCACGACAUGGAGGACUUUCUGAAGAGCAAGACCGGCAAGGACUAUUCCUGUAUCACCCUGAUGCUUGAUGGCACGCCCUUCCCUGCUCACAAGCCCAUCCUGGCUGCUAGGAGCUCUUACUUCGAGGCCAUGUUUAGAUCGUUCAUGCCAGAGAAUGACAGUGUCAAUGUGACGAUCGGAGAGACCAUUCCGUCAAGACAAGCCUUUGAUUCCCUGCUCAGAUACAUCUACUAUGGUUCUGUGGCGAUGCCUGCUGAAGAUUCACUCUACCUGUUCUGUGCGCCUGACUUCUUUGGCUUCACCAACAAUCGGAUCCAGGCCUUCUGCAAGGAGAACCUCGAGGUCAACAUCUCCAUCCAGAACGUAGUCCAGAUUCUGGAUGCUGCUGACCGGGUCGGAGCCAAGGACAUGAAGGACCAUGCCCUCAAGAUCAUCGUCAGGAGCUUCCCAAAGGUUGCUCAGAACCCCAAGAUGCGUCUCCUGAGCAAGGAGCUCCUUCAUGAGAUCAUCACAUCCCUGGCCAGACGCAUGUCAGAGCUCAAAGUUCACUUGGGUCAGGACCUGUCACCCCAGGAUCAGGGGUCGUGGGGAGGGUCACGCUCAGAGCGGUACGCCAUGGAGGGCUGGGGCUAGUGGUGAUAGGCGAUUCUGGUUUGGGGACGAUGGUCGGAAAGUCAGGUCUGCUUCCUUAUAAGCGGGAGCCAGACUGGGACCCUCAGGCAUUGAUUUGGUCAUGACUGGGCUAGUUCAAAGGUCAUUUGACUUAAUGAUGACCUACAUGAAUCGGGACUGUGUCGCAUGCAGUGUUGUAGGUCAUAGGUCAUACUAGGGUCACCUGUAGAUGUAAUGCCAUGCUAUUGGGCUCCUGUGGUCAUGACUGAGCUGACUCUGAAGGUUUUGUGUAAGGAUUGCGACUCUGUGACGACCUUUCAUAUCCAUGUCAUGUCAGGUCAUUUCAUGUCAUAGGUCAAUGAAGCCUAAUGCUAUGCCAUGGCUGAUCAGACAUGUUAAUGAGGAGGGUAAAGAAUAAAACGUAAGAGCAUAGAUAGACAAGGUGAUAACUGAGGAGGCAUUGACCUCCAACACCCUCUGUAGGUCAGAGGUCAUAGGCCAUUGAUGGGGUUACUUUUUGAAUGCUGCAACUACUGCCAAUUUGGGUGUGGAAACUGGAGGGUUAUGCAAAAGAUUGAGAAGGAAGAGGGGACAAAGAAGAGAGUGAUGAGAAAUUUAUAUUUUGUGAUAUUUUGCCAUGAUAAAAUGUUGACCAAAGGUAACGAUUGAUUAGGGUUGACCUUAGGUCACUUGUACUCAGUCUGGUCAAUGGUCUAUUGACAAGUCUCAUAAAGAUCUGGCAAAAUGCCGACAGGACACCAUGGUCAAUCUGUAACGUCAGUCAAGUAAUAUACCAUUUUCGUAAGGUAAUCAAUUUAAUGCACAAAUCAUUGUUCAGUGCCAUGUAAGAAAUUAUUUCAUUCACCUGUUACAAAUA